AAUUUUUCAAAUCACAAGUUUAAACAGUUCCUCACUCCAACCCUACUCCUGCUACAGAAAACUUUGAAAACCCCAUCUCACCAAACACACCAAGGUCAGGUGGUUCGUCCUUCCGCAGUCCCCUCAGCCCCACUCCCAUGGCCGCCAUCACCUUCCCCACUGCUUCUUCUUCUUCUCUCUCUACUCUCAGAAAACCUUUCCUCCAUCCCCCUUCCCUCACCAUCCCAACUCAUCUCUCUCCUCCCCUCACCCUCCCCUCACCCCAACUCAAAACCCUAAACAAAUCAACCUUCAAAACCCUAAAAUCCUCCUCCACCCCUAUCACCGCCCCUUCCAAUCUCUCCACACCCUCCUCCUUCUCUCCCUCCCUCAAAUCCCGCCUCGGAAACGGCGAGACCCUCUACGGCCUCUUCCUCCUCUCCUUCUCCCCCACCCUCGCCGAGAUCGCCGGCCUUUCCGGCUACGACUUCGUCGUCGUCGACAUGGAACACGGCCACGGCGGCACCUCCGCCGCCCUCCCCUGUCUCCACGCCCUCGCCGCCGCCCGCACUCCCGCCAUCCUCCGCAUACCCGAAUCCAACGCCACAUGGGCCAAGAAAGCCCUCGAUCUUGGUCCGCAGGGCAUCAUGUUUCCAAUGAUCGAAGGCCCGAAGAUGGCCCGUGAAGCAGUCUCCUAUUGCCGGUUUCCGCCCCAUGGAGUCCGUGGGUCGGCCCAUACUGUUGUUAGGGCUUCGGGGUACGGGAUCGACGCGGGGUAUUUGAGUAAUUACGAGGAUGAGUUGCUGAUCAUGUGCCAGGUGGAGUCCGAAGAGAGCGUGGAGAACAUCAAGGACAUUGCGGCCGUUGAUGGGGUUGAUUGCAUACAAAUGGGACCGUUGGAUUUGAGUGCAAGCAUGGGGUACUUGUGGGACCCGGGUAACAAGAAAGUGAGGGAGGUGAUGAGGAAAGCAGAGAAGGCGGUGUUGGGGAUGGAAGGUGGGACCUACUUGAGCGGGUUUGCCAUGCCGCAUGAUGGGCCAGAUGAUCUACGGCGGAGAGGGUAUCACAUGGUGUCUGGUGCAGUGGAUGUGGGGUUGUUUCGGAGUGCUGCGGUGGAGGAUGUGAGGAAGUUUAAGAGUAGCUUGGCGGAGGGAAGCAGUGAUGAGGAGGAGGAGGUGGAGGGGGGUAAGGAAAGUGAUGAUGAUGAUGAUGAGAAGUACUGGAGUGAAUGAAUGAAGCAGUUUUAAUUUUGGAAAUAAAUUCGAGGGUUUUUUUUUUGCUGUUUUAAUUUUGGGUAUGUAGAUAUAUUGUUGGGGUUUGUUUCUAUUUCAUUUGAUACUUUGUUAGGGCUGGCAACACAGAAGUGAUUUUGAUGUUGGGAAAUGGACAAGUAGUGUAGAGCUUGUUUCCA